AUGUGGACUUUUCUGAAGCGUGGAAAUGCAAGUAUUGUUCUGAGGUACAGUCAUGCCAUUUUGGUCAGAACCCGCACACUGGCAUAUAAUAUACAAAAGAACAGAAGACAGGCUUUUGCACAUGUCCCUCCAACUCUAGGUUUCAAGAGAACAACCUGGAACUUCUUCCCCACCUCACAUGGGAAGGGAGCCCCUGACGGCAUUGGAGGAACUGUUAAAAGGACAGCAGACAACCUUAUAGUGCGCUGGAAUGACAUUGUGAAUGGGAAUGUCUUCCAUGAGAUGGUUGGCAAAAGCCUCUGUAGCACUAAGCUGUAUAUCAUUACUGAAGCUGAUAUGCAUCCAUAUGAUGCACUCCUUUCUCAAUCACUAAAACCCGUACCUGCAACAAGGAAACUCCAUCAGGUCACACCGACAUACCGAAACGACUCUGAGAUACAUUGCAGAUCACUGUCCUGUUUCUGCAGUGAGCCACAGAUGUGCAAGUGUUUCAGCCCAACAAUAUUCCAGUUGACUGCCAACACACCCGGGGUACAGGUUGAGGAUGAUGGUCCUAUACCAAUGCAAAAGAGGAAAGGUCGUCUGGCAAUGUUGAUGGAGGAAAUGGAACAGGAGCAAAGUGAGCAAGAGCCAAUGGAGCAAGAACAACUGACCAAGACUGGACCUGAUGGGACUGUGACAGAUCUAUCUGAUGAUGUAGUUCAUUGCGGAGAUUGGUUUGCGGUCAUUUAUGAUCACAACUGGUGGUUAGCAAAGGCUGUCACUGUGGACGCUGUGGAAUUAGAGUUUUUCCACCCUCAUGGGCCCAACACACGAUUCUAUCCAAAAGGAGGGGGGAAAGGAUAUGUGCUUCAUACCAUUUGA